AUGUUGUUUCUCAUAAAAUGGUUCUUAGGACUUCUUCUUGGGGAUGAUGGUGGUGGUAAGCAGCUCCCUCCAUGCCCGCCUGGAAUUCCGAUGAUCGGAAACUUAGUGGGAAUGCUCAUGAACAGACCAACUACCAAGUGGAUAGUUCGUGUGAUGAACGAUAUGAAGACGGAUAUAGCUUGCUUCCGCUUCGGUCGUGUUCAUGUCAUUGCCAUAACGUCUGAUGAGAUUGCCCGUGAAGUCGUCAAGGAAAAAGACUCGGUGUUUGCAGACAGGCCGGACUCUUACUCCGCCGAAUACAUAAGUUGCGGGUACAAGGGGGUGGUGUUCGAUGAGUACGGCGAGAGACAAAUGAAGAUGAAGAAAGUGAUGACGUCCGAGUUAAUGUCCACAAAGGCUUUAGACUUAUUACGCGACGUUAGAAACUUGGAAUCCGACAACCUCCUCGCAUAUGUUCUUAACCUAUACAAGAAAGGUGGGUUAGUGAACGUAAGGGAUAUCGUAUGCACCCACACUCAAAUGGCAACAAAAUACUUGUUAACAAAAGUCAACAAUGUCAAGAGCGACCUAUACUAG